AAAAUUCACAAGUUUCAUUAUUUACAAAAUUACAAUGGCAAACACCGGAGUGAAAUUCUUUUUUAUUGCGAUCUCCGUUCUUGUUAUCGCAUCAAACGCAAUAGUUAUAAACUCUGAUUAUAAUAAAUAUUACAGACCUAGGUAUCAACCCGACGGCAGAAUUUUCUGCACAGGUAUGGACGUAACUAAGAAUUGUAUUUAUCGCUCUGACGGAAACUAUGCAAUAGAUAAUUAUCCUCGACCAGGAUAUGUAUCAUGUACUUCCCAAAAGGCAACAUGCAUGCCGUGUCCAUAUGGUCUUGUUUUUUGCCCAAAUGCUGGUGUUAAAAAAGAAGGAAUGUGUAUAGAACGCAGCAAACGAUGCUACCCAUACCCUCAUCGUAAUUAUUAUAACUAAUAUGUUGUAUAUUUUGUUCUUUACUCUUAAAAAAUUAUCUCCUUAAUAAAAAUUUUUUACUUCUUGACAACGAGCUCAAUUUUUUUGUUUUUGUUUUGCUAUGCAUUAUAUUUUGG